GUUGGUGGCUGCUGGGUGUCACUGGGGGUUAACUGGGGGGUGAAUCUGGCAGUCCGGGGCCGGAUGCCCUCUCUUUACCCCCGACACUUGAGUGGAUGUGCGCAGUGCUCAGUCGGGCUGCAGGGUCAGCAGCAGCAGCAGUCGACGCAUCUCACGUAUUUUACGCAAAUGGGAUGAAGCUGAAGCUGAGACCCAGUCGAGGAUGAUGCUCUCGCCGGCUCCCGAGGCCUCUCUCUCCGCGUCUCUCCCAUGCUGAAGCGGUCUGCUCUCCGGUGCCGAGGAAAAUGCGCUGGAGCAACCCGGCUCUGGUCGGCUUAGCUGAGCUCGGCUGCUCCUGCUCGUCGCCGCUCCCAUUUCCAUUGUAGUUUUUUCCUCCCUUCUUCUUCUUUUUUUGUAUUGCAGCGUAUUAUUUCCAGGUCAAAAUCUCAGUUUCCUGUGCGGCUUGUUUGUACUAAAAAUGGCCGGAGAUGGCGGCGCUCUGAAGGAUAUCAAUGAGAUUAAAUCCCAGUUCCGGACCAGAGAGGGCUUCUACAAGCUGCUCACCCUCUCCGAUUCGCAGCAGCGGGGCGGGCUGCCGCGAGGUCCGUCCGCCGGAGCCACGCUGGGCCCCGGGGCCGGACCGGGGCCGAUACCCGGCGGAGGGGUCGGGCUGCUGCAGGGGCCCGGGGCCGCCGCCGCUGCUGCCGCCGCCGCCGCCGCCUCCUCGUCCAAUGCCGCAGCCAACUCCUCUCCGGCGGGCUUCCUGCCGCCCGUCCGGGUCUCCAUGGUCAAACUGCAGCCGGAAGACCCAAGCGAGGAGUCGGAGCGGGUUUGCUUCAACAUCGGCAGAGAGCUGUAUUUUUACACAUAUACCAACAUCAAGAAGGCGGUGGACCUCAGUAAGCCCAUAGACAAGAGAAUCUAUAAGGGGACGCAGCCGACGUGUCACGACUUCAACCAGUACUCUGCCACGGCAGAGAGCGUGGCACUCAUCGUGGGUUUCUCCGCAGGGCAGGUCCAGUACCUCGACCCCAUCAAGAAGGAAACCAGUAAACUCUUCAACGAGGAGAGGUUGAUAGACAAAUCCAAGGUGACGUGUCUGAAAUGGCUUCCCAAGUCAGAGAACCUGUUUCUGGCCUCUCACGCCAGCGGCCACCUCUACCUCUACAACGUGGACCAUCCCUGCGGCACCACCGCCCCGCAGUACUCUCUGCUGCGGCAGGGCGAAGGCUUCGCCGUCUAUGCCUGCAAAACCAAGACACCGCGAAACCCGUUGCUGCGCUGGGCCGUGGGCGAGGGUGGCCUCAACGAAUUCGCCUUCUCCCCGGACGGCGUGCAUGUGGCGUGCGUGGGUCAGGACGGCUGCCUGCGCGUCUUCCACUUUGACUCGAUGGAGCUGCAGGGGGUGAUGAAGAGCUACUUUGGCGGGCUGCUGUGUGUGUCGUGGAGCCCCGACGGGAAAUACCUGGCCACGGGCGGAGAGGACGACCUGGUCACAGUCUGGUCAUUUGCUGAGAGUCGCGUGGUGGCCAGAGGUCACGGUCACAAGUCCUGGGUCAACGUGGUGGCCUUUGACCCUUUCACGACCUCCCUGGAAGAUGACGAGCCCAUGGAGCUCAGUGGCAGCGAGGAGGACCUCCACCAGGGGGCGCCACCUCCAUCCAUGCACUUUGGACGAGUCCGAACCAGCAGCACGUUGUCCCGUUUGUCCCGGCACAGCUCCAAAGGCGGCGGGUCGGCGUCUGUCACGUACCGGUUUGGCUCGGUGGGGCAGGAUACCCAGUUCUGUCUGUGGGACUUGACGGAUGACGUGCUGUACCCUCGCCUGCCGCUGUCCCGUGCCCUCACUAACACCUUCGGACCCUCGCUGUCCAACUCUGGCAGCGGGGGCAUCAACAGCACCACAGUGGGAGGAGGAACUGGAGCGGUGGAGGGGCACCACCACCCGCCCAACGCCACCACCGGCACCUCCAAUCCCCCGACGCUCCCGCUGCCCCUACCUCGCUCCCUGUCGCGCUCCAACUCCCUGCCCCAUCCUGCCGUGGCCAACGCCUCCAAGGGCCAGGGCGCCUCGGAAGGCGGAGGGGGAGGCGGCGGAGGGGGAGGAGGAGGGAGCAGCGGGGGUGGCAACAGCACCCCGUUCAGCAUCGGCCGCUUCGCCACGCUGUCACUUCAGGAACGCAAGUCGGACAAGUCCGGUGGCAGCGGCGUGGAGAAGGAGCACAAGAGAUACCACAGCCUGGGCAACAUCAGCAAGAGCAACGACAAGAUCAACGUGGCGCCGCGCAGCAGCAGGCUGGACGCCGCCAAGGUCCUGGGCACCACGCUGUGCCCGCGCAUGCACGAGGUGCCGCUGCUGGAGCCGCUGGUGUGUAAGAAGAUUGCGCACGAGAGGCUGACGGUCCUGGUGUUCAUGGACGACUGCAUCAUCACAGCCUGCCAGGAGGGCCUGAUCUGCACCUGGGCACGACCGGGGAAGGCGAACUUGACAGCACAGAACGGGAACUCUCCGAGCGGCACGGUGGUAUAGCUGGAGGAGAAGCUUUGCACUCAUCCCUCCCUCCCUCCAUCCUCUCCCUUGAUCCACCCCCCCCUCCCCAAAACAUCAAAUUAGGAGCCAACAACCAGUGACAAUAUCCUGCCUACCAUUGCAGUAUUAUACCCUCGAUAUAACUCUCAGUACUCACCAUCACCCAGACCCUGUCCUGUAAUGAGCUUAUUGCCAUGGCAGCCAUUUUGAAGUCAGACCCCACUCAGGACGGGAAACACCACCUGAACGAUUGGCGAAUAAAAAGACAGCAUUACAUCUACCCAUGAGACUUCAGAGAGAAAAGUUAGCAAAUGAGUCAGCUAUCUUGGAAAUAACACCAGCUAGCUGUAUGUAGGCCCGAUUCUGCCAGCUAGCUACAGCGGAUCAAAUAUAUCACCUCAAAAUGUGAGUUUACAUCCCUUUCUAUUCUUGAGAUCCAUUGUGUUUUUACCCUUUUUGAAAAUCACAUUUUCAGUGUAGGGUCUGUGUCGGACUCCUGGUGUCUGUUUGCUGUGCAUCUUGGACAAAACAUCGUCCUGACAGUUAACAAAUUAGCUUAAUUAGCCGAUCUUGACAAUCUAGACAUAGGAAGAUUUCCAAAAACGAUACGCCUCUGGCAGAGUUGUGAUGCGACUCUCUCAUCACAGCUUCCCGCCAAAACUGAAGCUGGCUCGUCUGGCUAACCGCUAUCGGCAGAAACGGAAAUAACUGGAACUUAAAACCAACAACAAAGUAAACAUGUGACACGCUUUAGGUGUUUAACGUGUCAUGUUUGUCGUUUGGAUGCAGGCUGGAGACUGUUUGUUUGUUUUUGUUGUUUUGUAAAAGUUACAAGGAAAUUUGCUAGCCUAUUAGUCGGUUAGCCACUAGCCGGCGUCCUCGGCUGGUUUCCAGCCAUAACUACAGUGGAUCAGUGAUAUGACCUUUUGGAUUUGAACCUCUGUUCAUACUUGACAUACAUCCGUGUUCAGUGAGGAGUCUGCCAGGACAAACGUUUGUCUGGCUCCUGAUGAUACGAUUGCUCUUUUUCCCGCCCAGAGUGAGGCGUGAGUUCAAAAUGGCCGCUGUGAGAAUAAGGUGUUUCCUGUGCUUUGGGCCCUGAUCCCGCGCCCGCCGGCUCAGCGGUGCUCCGUAGAAAGACUGCAUCAGACGAACGAGGGGGAUCGCUCACCCCCCCGUCUCUCCCCAGAAGCAUGGAGGAGCAAACAGCCGGCCAGACUCCAUCCUCCUCCUCUUUAAGUCCCUCCUCCCUCCUUCAUCCAAACCCCUCCCCCCCUUUGCAAAAGACACUGCAAAAGCCACGGCCAUUGUAUUUAAGUUAUUUAUUUUAUCACAAGACUGUGUAGUAAUUUAUACUGUAAAUACUGAAAAUACUCUAUAAAUACAAAAAAGGACAAAAAGUGUAUGGAAAUAAUGACUUGACAGCGAUGGGAACGAAGAAAAAGAAAAAAAACAACAAAAACGGAAAGAUGAAGAGUAUUAAUAUAUGAAGAUCCUUCUAUUGUACAUAGCGACCACAGUUAAAAAAAAAAUUGAAUGUCUGGCUGUUUUAGGGAACUUGAAGAUGUCAACGUGUUUUUAUUUCGUGUGAUAGAGUUUCUCAGUUUGUUGAAACGUCCCUGACAAGCGAGCGUUUGUUUGGUGCUGUCGGCCGCCGGCGAGGUGGCGGCACGCGGUUUGGGUCCAGCUUUGAAGAAAGAGACCGACCCCGGCGGGAACGCAGAGAGCCAACCAAACGAAGCAACGGCUGCUAUAGCUGUACGGUUCAGCUGACCGUCCCAGGUCACAGGUCAGAGGUCAGAGGUCUACUAGUUAUCCUCCUGAACGUCUGAAGAACUGCUCACAAGCAAAACACAUGACCCUGCACAUUCAGAAGUCCAAAAAAAAAAACAAAUUAAAAAAGACACACACAACACAACACAACAUAACACAUAAUCCCCUCUGGUGUAGCAUCAUAUAUACUGUAUUUUGGGCUCCAUUCCUGUUGCACCUGAAUUGCCUCUUGCAAGAAUUUGCACAUACAAUAAAUUCCCAGUCCCAUCCUCAGCUGCCGUUGUCUCUGUCCAGAAACGGCUCCUGUCACCCCCCCAACCCCCACCCCCCUCCCGGUCUGCAGAUAUUUUUUCAGAUUGUAUAAAGGAUUGGAUAGGGCUGUGACUCAGAAGAGUUGGGUUUAUUCCCUCGGCCUGACUGAAUUGUAAUGUAUGGACUGCCUUGGUAAUAAUCAACCCGCCUGCACACCGAAAUCAAUUCUGUCCACUUGCAGAGCAGAGAGAAUGAAGGGCCACAGAGGGCCGGUUUCUGCACAGGACCUCGUCUGGGCUCUCUGCUCUUGUUUUCGAGCAUGACGAGCCGCUGACCUUGAUGGAACUGGCACACAUGUCUGAUAAUGUGGAUGUGACCCUGAAAGAAAGUUCCCAUUACACAGAGCGUGCAGCCUGUUUUUUUUUUUUUUUUUUUUUUUUUUGUUCACCCUGCAGUGUGAGUUAUAGAGUUACCUGUGCGCUGAUUUGUCCUAUAAAUAGCAGAGUAACUUCCAUGACGGUGGAAGCCAAGGUUAUAUGCCCUUGUACUGACAAAACAAGCCAGUUUUACUUGCAGCAGAUGUUUGUGUGUGUGUGUGUGUGUAUGUGUGUGUGUUUGUGUGUGUGUGUGAGGCUAUUAUCGCAGCUCACACACUCUGUUUUGCUGUCAUAGCAACGGCACGUCUCGCUCCGUGUUUCUUCAGAAACAUCGCCGGCGCUGGGUUUCCCACAACCGUCUUGGCGUCUUGAGCUGAAUUGAUGCUUCAUCAUGAUAUCAGUCGUGCUGUUAAAGGAGUAGUUCACCUCUAAAUGAAACUUCACUCUUCCUCUCCCUGCCUGCGUGUCAGUGGAGGCUCCACCAGAGUUCAUACAGCCACAACACACGGACCUCUCAGCUCCUGCCUGUCCCGCCUUGAGCUGCUCAGAUCAACAGGAGCCCCUCUUUGUGUAAACACACAAACAAGCCAAACUGCAAAACUACAGGAGCAACUCAAUGCAGACCAAACAACAUUUGUGCACUAAUGGAAUGAUAAAAAAAAUUUACACAAAAUACACUCAAAAAGUGCAACUUCAACUACCUUUAUUCCAACGCCUUGUUCUGCACUUCAAGCUACUGAAAUUAAUAGAACCGUGUUUUGCAAACUUUGCAAAAAUGUAAAUUUAUACAGUGUCUCAAUUUUGUGUGCAGAUUGCGCAGCAUAAAAUGAGCUUUCUAACCAGGCAGCUGCACUGCGGCUCUAAAAUUCCAGUUAUUUUCCCAUUUUUUACCUUCUUAUCGCCUGUAUUCUCUUGCGUUGCUCACUUCCUGUGGGGGAGUUUGACUGAGGAAUGCAGAAGAGAUGAUGAGGGAAAUGCUGCUCUGUUUGGCCUACAGUGAAGGCAUCGGGCCACAAAACAUUUGGAUUAUGCUGCACAAGCUUUUUGGGAUCUGAUGGACAUGUUCUGUUUGUUUCAGAGCUGCAGACACACAGUCCCAACCGCAGUUUGGGACUAACACAUGAGACAGCUCGUUCACUGUGUGUGUGAUACUGAACCUCUGUGGAGUUUCCACUCCCAUGGAGGUGAGAAGAUUAUGACUGAAUUUUCAUUUUUGCCCAAAAUAUUCCUUUAAGACAUUUUACACAUGUUUUGUUGAUUGGCUGUAGGAGGGUUCUACAAAUUCUGUCAGUGGGACAAUCACAAGUUCGUCCAGUUGGUGGCAAAAUGACAGAAUUUAAAGGUACCAGCCCCUGUUUUCUCUACAUCACGUGGUCUUACAGACACACGUCACACACUCUGAUGUGAACGGUGCAGCUUUUUUUUUUUGCAGCUUUUCUAAUAUUCUCUGUUUUUUUUGUCUUAUUUGCAAAAAAUAACUUUUUUUUCAUUCAGAGAUUUGGGAUAACAGUAUGAAAUCGACAAAUAUUCUUUUAAAGGCAAACGUCUGCUUAAACGAUUUAAAACAAACUAUUAUUCAGUAAUUCAUCAGCUCAGUAGUUAGUUUCAGCUCAGUUUGGUUUUCUACGAUUCAGUUUUACACCGUUUUGCAUGGUCCGAUUUUUUGUUUUGUUUUUUUCUCGGUUCGGUUUGAUGCUCCUACUAUUUAAAUAACCAAAUGAUCCUUCCUCCACUGCCGCUGCUGACUGUAGAUGUGAUCUGUCAGCGAAAAUCGACAGCUCCUGUGUUCAAACUACUCAGAAUGAAAUGAAAAGCGCUCUCGUCCCUCUCUGUGGGGUGAGCUCCCCUCCCAGCUCCCCUCCCGUCACAUCAACAUGUAAAAAGCUUCCAGAGGAGCCUCGCUGACAGAUCCUGGGCUUGUCUUGGAGAGCAGGAGCAGCGGCUCCUCCCUGACAGAGGAGGCCCAGGCCGGACUCUCCGGCUACUUCCUCAGCCACAUUUUGGAGACUGAUGGACAGACUCAGACGUGGCAUUCUUCCAGAUGGACGCUUCCCAGACAGGCUUUGAAAGCUGGGAACGGGUGGUGAUGACACCGAGGGCUGCCGUUAAAAUGACGGCUGAGCCGCUGCGUUAUAAUGGAGCUUUAAGAGAUGAGAGCCGGCGCCAAGACGCUUCUGGGAAACCAAGAACGGCUGCAGAGUGAGAACCAAAACACAAGAACACAAGAACACCAGGUGGUGAGGCAGGAGCAGUCAGAGCCAGAGCAGCCGCCACACAGAGACAUGAACAACAACCAGUCAUACAGUCAGAAAGCUGACAAACGAUCAAACUCACAACAUGGAAAACAGAAUUUAAUAUCAUGUCUGAUUAACUUGGUAAUCCUGCUUCAUUAAAAAAAAUCAGCUUAAGGGCUUAUUUCCAAAACACUGUUGAUCCACCUAAAGAAAAUAAAAUCAUAACCUGAAAUAAAUGAUGCACCAUCUCUGAAAUGCAUAUAGUCCAGUGUGUCAAUGGCAGCGUCACUCAAAAAAAAAAAAAAAAAUCUACCAUCAUUUAUUUGAAUUUUGCACUUUUCCUUCAUCUUGUGAGAGUAGCGGUCACGAUGGCGUUUCAGAACAAGCUCCCAGUCAGGGUCAGUGAGGGUCAAAGUGAGCGCCGCCUCACUGGGCUCAUGGAGCUCUGUGGGGUUAGAGCUGCAGCCGAACAAAACCCAAACAAGUUGUGUAUCAAUAGAAUAAUUAAUAAAAAAAAAAAGUUUACACCAAAAAUACUCAAAAACUGCACACUGAUAACUAAUACUACCUUUAUUCCAAUGCCUUGUUCUGCACAGAGAGGUCGUGGCUGAGCGGCAGAGAAAUGUCAUUCCAUACAUGUUCAUUUAUCAUUUUUCAUUUUAUUUUACUGAACAGUAUUCAACAGCUGAAACAUAGCAUGUAAACUUGUUUUUCAUUUGUAUUUUUGUUUUGUUUUUUGUAUAAUAUGCAUUGUGCAUCAUCACACUCACAUGCACAGACAACACACAGGAUCACACACUUCCCACACCACACGCACACACACACACACACACACACACAAACACACAUGCAGUCACACACACUUUACUAUGCCUGUUUCCGGUGGAACUGAAAUGGCAGAAUGGCGUCACUGUACCCAGUUUGUAUAUGGAGAUCUGUUAUUAAAACUUUAAACCCGAA